UCACCUGCUGCUAGCGCACAUUUCGUAUUCCUUUGCAGGCUCUGGCCGAUCGCCAGCCACAGACAGCGUCCAGCCCGCUCGCUCGCAGGAGACGAGCUUCUCGCAAGGACAAGCGAGCGUGAUCAGCAGCAAACAUGUCUGCCUACACCGUCGCACAAUCUUCUGCUUACUACGCCAACUCUUCGGCACCUGGCAGGGGUGCAGGCGGCAGCUACUUAAAUACACCGGCCACCAACUCUUCGUCGCCGGCGAUGAGCGCUCAGCGGUAUGCCGGUGUUGCAGGCGACUAUCCACAAUCACAGCAUCCGCAACAGCAACGCCAAGGAGGCAUGGGCCUGCCACAUCGCGAUAGAAAUGGCAGCGUUGGCGGGUCCUAUCCGUACGACGGACAUGCAGGCUAUGCGGGCUACAGCAGUGCCGCUGGGCCAUCAUCUCAUGCUGAAGCAUACGAUGGCACAAGCGAUCUGCAAUCCUCCAUGAACGCAAUGAGCCUCGCAGGAGGAGCAUCAGCAGGAAGUGGCGGCGGAGCAGCAGCAACAGCAAACGGCUACCCCACUACAUUACAGCAUGCAGCCGCCAUCAACCGGGCCAACACGGCCGUCGCAGCGACGUACGCCCAGCAGGAGAUCAUCUCCUCCGCUGCUGAGGUCGAGCCGCAGAACUCGCUGGAGGCGAUCAGCGACCAGGUCGACGACACGGCCCAGGCGCUCCGAGCUGGUGAGGUACCCACGGAGAAGUUGGGCCUCAAGGGCGUGAGGGGUGAUGCCGAUCCAUUGCAUGCGCCCCCCGCUGCGGCAAUCGCCAGCGUCAUGUCCGGGAAUGGCCUUCCACCCGGCACGUCCCCCUCUACUGCUGCAGCUGCAGCUUUGGUUGCCGGCAGCGGCAACGGCGGCUUCAGCGGCACAUGGCAAUAUGACGGGAAUUACUCGCAGCAGCAGCAGGCAUAUGGCAUCGGCGUUGAUCCGGGGCUGAUGCUGUCAGCAACAGACGAGCAGGGUUACUACUCACAUGAGCGUGGAUACGCUCCGUCAGCUGCGGGCGGCAGCAGUGCGGGGUACAAUCAUGCGCCAUACCCAGCAGGCUACGGCGCUGCGGCAGUGGUGGCAGCCGGCGGGGCAGAUCCAGCGCAGGCGGCCUACUACGCCGGGUACACAACGCAGAUGUACGACCAGAACGCCAACAACGCGUACUUUACCGCCGCGCAGAGCUACAUGGGCUAUCCGGAUGGCUCGAUGCGCAGCACUGCCGCUGGCGCAGCUGGCUAUGUCGGCUACCCCGGCGCACCGGGGCCCGGGAUAUCCGGGUUGGUGCGGCAGGAGACGACGCUUUCGGGCAGCAGUGCCGCUCAGCGCAAGAAGCGGCAAGACUCGGCGAAUGCGCAGCAGCUGCAGCAGACCCUCCCGUUCAACAAGGCGUUCGUUGCCGAGUACCGGCACCGGAUGAAGGCCGAUCCGGACUCGGAGGCGCAGUUUGCGUUCGCCAAGUACCUCAUCGAGGCGGCCAAGAAGAUCAACGAUCCGCGCGACUCAGCCAAACAGGCGCGCAAGUACCGCGAUGCCCUGCUGUCCGAGAGCCUAAAGCUGGUCAAGCGCCUGGCGACGACGGGAAUGGACCUGGGCAAGCCACCGUACGCUGAGGCGCAGUUCUUCCUCGCUAACUGCUUCGGCAACGGCUCGCUGGGUCUACAGGUGGACCACGAGAAGGCUUACAACCUGUACGUGCAAGCGUCCAAGCAGAACCACCCCGCAGCGACGUAUCGCACGGCCGUCUGCAAUGAAGUCGGUGCUGGCACCAAGCGGGACCACCACCGUGCCGUGUUGUUCUACCGCAAGGCGUCUGCACUCGGAGACACGGCGGGGAUGUACAAGCUGGGGAUGAUUAUGCUCAACGGUCUGCUCGGCCAGCAGAAGAACCCGCGCGAGGCGAUCAUCUGGCUCAAGCGCGCCGCGGGGCAGGCGGACGAGGAGAACCCGCACGCGCUGCACGAGUUGGGCCUUCUGCACGAGCGCGCCAACAACGGCGUGGUCGUUGCGGACGAAGGGUACGCGCGCGAGCUGUUCACGCAGGCUGCACAACUCGGCUAUGCGCCGAGCCAGUUCAAGCUCGGCUCAGCGUACGAGUACGGCGCACUGACGUGCCCCGUCGACCCCCGCCGCAGCAUCGCGUGGUACACCAAGGCGGCUGGCAAGAACGACGGCGAGUCGGAGCUCGCGCUCAGCGGCUGGUACCUGACCGGCAGCGAGGGUGUGCUCAAGCAGAGCGACUCGGAGGCCUACUUGUGGGCGCGCCGCGCGGCGCAGAAGGGGAUCCCCAAAGCCGAGUAUGCCGUCGGCUACUACUCGGAGGUCGGCAUCGGCGUCGAGGCCAACGUCGAAGAGGCUAAGCGUUGGUACAUGCGAGCGGCGGCGCAGGGCAACAAGCGCGCAAUGCAGCGGUUGACGGAGCUCAAGAAGCAGGGUGCGCGCACGGGCAAGAAGGGCGCGAGGCCUACGCGCAAGGACGCCGAGUCGGAGUGCGUGGUGAUGUGAUGGGGGGUGAUGU